UCCUUCGCAAGGGAUGGUUCACGCGCGCGCGUUCUUUCCUUCUCUCUGUAUUAUCAUAUAUUGUGCACCAAAACAUCACAUCACAUCAGCUUGAAAUCGCAUUCCGUGUGUUAUAUUGGUGUGUUCCGGAUCGUCCGCAUCGCACGGGGACACCACACAUAUUCCACUGCGAAAAAGGACAGCAGACAGAUAGGCGAGCACACACGGAGCGAGGCGCUGCGCUGCUGGGUGGAAGCUGAAAUUUUCCUCCUUCUGUGCCUGCUAUCCUUUGGAAUUUUCUGUCCACCUACUGGGGAUAGUCGUGGAAAUGUUUGUACCCAGAGGUGGAUUCUAUCGCUUGUCAACAAAUUCCGCACUAUCCUAACCGUUUCCGGGAGUUCUCGAAUGUGCUAGUGACCGACCCACCAUAUCAAGGUUGGGUGAGUGAACAGUUUAGUGGAUUUACAGCAAAAUUUCCGUCCCCGUCCCGUAAAUGUUUCGCAUUUUCGCGUCCCAUUCGUUCACUCGGUCGAAGUUGUGCGUGGAGUGUUGAAAAGUUAGCCGGAACAAGUGGUGCUCGAGGCGAGCUUUUCACCCUUUCCUCGUGCCAAUCGCGGUGGGUGGCAGCUCCUGUGGCUUCUUUCGCCACUCGUCGUUCGGGAAAGAAACUGUGAAACAGAGGACACGCUAACGGAGAGGAAAAACUCUCCUAUUCUCCAACUGCCCCGAGAUCUAUAGGAAACUUUUCGCUAUCUUCUCGGGCUCUCAAUCGUUCUUCAUCAGUGGAGCGAAGUCUUAAGUGAGCAAUGAGCUGAAGAAGAAGAAGGAAAAAAAAGUGAUUGAAAAGUGAAAAAUUAAAAAAGCUGAAAAUCAAAUACUUGGAAAUCAAGCAAACAAAAUUAGAUUAAAGGCAAGAAUUUCUCCUGCGCUGCUGCUGUUGCUGACGGGAAAUCGUCGGAGAAUUUCUGGCGCAGUGUGUGAGUGCAGGGGAACAGGCGGGGAGCGUUGCGGGAUCGGUGUGGACGGUGGAAAAGUUGUGUUUUCCCAAUUUGCCUCGGCGGAGUUUUCCGAUUCGCCGUGUCUGUGUGCGAGUUUUUGGUGGAUUUCUCCUGCGGCCGUUGCGUUAGUGUUGUUUGCUCUGGAAAUCGUGCUGUUCGAUAAGGCCGCACGGCAAUAAUUGGGGAAAAGCGCACAAACACAAAAAAAUAUCUGUACAGAAUAAGAGAAACAACAGCCCCAAAAGUUAAGGAAGAAACCGAAUUCGGAUAUUUAGCUGCAGAUCAAACGUUGGCGACUGCUGUCGGCGGCGAAGAAGUCAAUUUUGAAUAGAUACAGCAGCCGUUUUUACAUCACUGCUCCAUCUCGUGUCUCGUUAAGACAGAAGACAGCAGCCCGUUGGAUACAGACAGCAACAGCAUCAUCUGGAGCAGCAGCCGAUACUCAGCGGAGGAAAACACGGCAGCCAGCCGUUCGUCCAUUCCCCCCGACGCCACGACGGCAAUUGAUGGUGGUGGCCUAGCGAGUGGGUCGCUCUUCCGGUUUCCGGUUAGUCAGUGUCAGGAGGUCGUCGGGUGAUAAAAACCGGAACAUCCAACGACAACAACAAUUACUCAACUGUGAAUUCCGAAAGGGCCGCUCUUCGGAGCUGCAGAAAAGAACAUAAAUUAAGAGGGGACACACACACACGCUUGCCGAGAGGGUUGCAACGCUAGAUAUAAAGCAAAUAAAUAAACAUCAUUAUCAUCAUAAAAUAUAAAACACAUAGUUUACCGACGUUCGGGGAUGCAGGGUACCCGGUUGUGAAGCCCAAAUGUGUCCUGUGUGGACAAGUUGUGCAGAGUGAUGAUAGCGAGAGCAAAACGGCAUCCCUCAUUAAGUCAUCAAAAACUAGUGAAUAAUUUAGUGUGAAAGCUCUCCUAGAAUUAAGUGAUAAAAAUUAAGGAGCAUUUAAUGAAAAUUUAAGCAAGAAGCAGAGCAUCGACAUCCGCCGCCCUGGUUCGGGGAAACUUUCCACCUCAUUCAACUCCUUUCUGACUCUGUGUGAGAACUAUCCUAUCCCAUCCUAUCCGGGCGCUCUUCCGCUUCGUACAACGACGUACGUGUGCAAGAGUCAACACAGCAGAAAUUGGAGACAUCCUGUUUCUCCACAGCCCAUCCAUAACACCACCCUCCCCCCGCAACCCAACUAAUUCCUGUGUUCAUGAGAUUAAAGUGUUCAUUCUGGAACGUCGACUAUAAACUCUAUCGUCAUCCUACCUAUUCGCCCCUACUCUUGAACUUUGCUAGAAUUUCGGCUACCGAACCCACGUCGGCCCGGGCUCGAAACAAACGAUUUUUAAGGUCACACUUCCCCCUCCCAGCUACGGUACCCAGGAUAAGACACAUCGCCGCAUCGUCGCCUCCAACAAGAGAGAUAUUCUUCGGGACGGAACGAAACGGCUUCGACAAAAUAAUUGCAACAACCGGGCAGUGAGACUGUGGUGGGGCAGCACCGCUAAACAUCAAAAUCAAAACUCAGUGAGGACCAAACUUUAUCUUCCCGGAAGGGGGUGGCCGUAUCAACCUUCGAGAGAGGUUAUCCUUACCUAGCCCAGUUGGCGUGCCGAGAAGAUUGAUGGAUUACAUUCGUCGCUAGACAGCAGGUGAUGACGUCAUGAUACAAACGAUCGAUCAACGGAUUUGGAUUAUAUUUUGUUGGUACCUUGUCUUAACAUGUUUUCUCAUCAGUCACCACAUCAUCCCAGCGGCAACGGCGAGCAGUCGUUCGGCAGACCAAAGCCUCCGAUUCCUAGAUGACAGUGAGCUCGAACUGCUCGGCAUCCGACGCCAGCAGCCAUCAUCGCGCAACGAUGGAUCUACCACCUCCUCUCUGUCCCCCUCACUGGCCUCAACGGCUACCUCGAGGUCUCUCGUCGUCGGUAGGGCCAACGCUAGGGUAAACAAUAACCGUAGGAUAAAUUUAGUGUCUUAUAAAGCGGAUAUAGAUAAUAUUUUAAAUAACCUCGAAGACGACGACGAUGACGAAGGUGGUGCGAUUGAUGCCGAUCGAAGAUUCGAGCUAGGUGCCAAACUGUACGGACGGAUCCGCGAGGAUAACGAUCAGCAUGACAAAGGCUCCUCCCGUCCGGACCGCCAUCGAACGUUAGUUAAUCAAAUUGCCCAAAAGUACUAUCCAAACCACCGUCGUCACCGGAGAUCGCUGCUGCUGCGACGAGCGGCACGGAGUUCCAAUGCUGGCUCCGACGCCGACGCGUCACGGCCUGAGGUGACCAUUUCGUCCUUUUCUACCACACUGUCUCCCAGUUCUAUUUCUACGACUUCACCACCGCUUGUGUCCCGCGAGGGACCACUCACCAGACCUGUUGUAAAUGAACCUUCCAACCAGAGUAGUAGUAAUAGUGAUACCAGUGAAUACGACAAACAAGAAAAGAAUGGGAAGAUGGCUGUGAAAAAUAUGAUUAGAAGUAAUAAUAGUGAGCAUAACUUUGUAAGUAACCUGACAUCGGUUAGCACCGACCAUUCAUCAUUCGACAAGAGCCGAGAGAAGCGAACGGGCGUCGGAAUCGCGCCCUCCGUCUCGGCGGUGUCACAACCCGCUACCCGAAGCACUGUUCCGGAAGUGGGGCACCGAAAAGAAGCCGAAACGGCAUCGGCGGCGGGUGGUCACAGUUUCCCAACCCACCCAAACUCGGGAACUAAUACAUCAACGCAGAGAGCAGUUACAUCAACACAAACAUCGUCACUAACGUCAACGGCAGCACCGGUUGCACCGGCGAUGGAAACGGCGCAACCGGAUGUGAAUUCCGCUUUGGAACGAACAAUAACACCACGGGAACAAUUGCCGCAAAAUAGCUACAGUGCCAUUAAUGUCGACAGUUUCAAUUUGCUCGACGAUAGCGUUUAUGUCAGCAACAGUAGCAGCAAAUCGCUGCCGACGACCAACGGAGGUUCCUCGGUACCCAUACCCGCCAAACAACAACAGCAGCAGCAGCAGCAUGAGAGCUUGAGUAGUAAUAACAUAUUUGCUAGUGAAAACUUUGAUGAGCAAAUUAUUUUCCUCAACGGUGGGGACCUGCUGGAGGCCAGCGCCGAGCAGUACGAUAUGCGUCAGUUCGGUAAGGUGGAGCGGGACGUUGGCAUUGGCGACUUGAGAAAUAGCGAUCCAUUCCUGCACGACGAACCGGUUGCAUUGCCGCUGCGGCCCAUCAUCCGGGGACCCACAGAUGAUCACACCGAGGACAACGUGGUUGUCAUUUACGCCGAGCAGCACGAGACCGUAAGGCUGGCCUGCGAGGUCGAUGCGGACAUAACCUCGAGCGUGUGGCUCAAGGAUGGCCAGAUGGUGCACGUAAUGGACAAAAAGUCACGAACCGAUGAUAUUAGAUUUGUGCGGGAAUCCCACGGAGGCAUCACCAUCUCGAACGUGAUGCUGGAGGAUGAUGGAGUGUGGCAGUGCGAGGCGGAGAACGCCCGGGGCUUCUUCUUCAACGGACGCCCGAUCAAACUGGUUGUGUUGGAUCCCCCCAAGGAACCGUACCUGCUGAUCGACCAGCGGCGCCUCGACGCAGGAAACAUGUUCAUUCCGGUUAAGGAGAACUCCGAGCUCACGUUGGCCUGCGUUAGCGAGGGCGGAAAUCCGAAGCCUUCGCUCAGCUGGGAAGUGCUGCUCAGCCCCGGAAUCGACCGUCACGCGCAAAAAAUCUCUAACGAUGUGCUCGAGCUGCAGGAGAUUAAACGAGACAAGGAUAAGGAAUCCUACAAAAUAAACACUGGUGCUAUUUCGGAAGCGAAGCUUCCGGCAGUCUUUCGUGUGCAUCAUAACGCGCGCAUCCUUUGCGUUAUGGAACAUCCGACGCUCAAAAUGCGUCAAAACGCCUCGAUCCUGCUCGACGUUCAGUACACACCCUCGUUCGCCAUCACAAGGACUCCCGGCUUUGGCUAUCCGCUGCGGGAAGGCAUCGAGGUGUCACUGAAGUGUGAUGUCGACUCGAACCCACCCUCGACGCCGGUUUGGCAGAAAGAUGACGGCGAAACACCGGUCCCGCAAACCGGUGACGGAUUUCUCAAUUUCAGCUCGAUUAGGCGGGAACAUUCGGGUUGGUACAAGUGCACCUCGCGGCAUCUCAACUUCCAGUACUCGAGCAUAGGAUAUUACCUCAGCGUGAGAUACGACUCCGUUGAUGUCACGUCCGAACCGGUGGAGCAGGAUUUGCCGAUGUCUUCGUCCUCGUCCUCCUCGUCAUCGUCCUCAUCUGCAACGUUAGCUGCGGCUGGUUCACAAAACGGUGCUAACAAUUUCAAAGGUGGUCAGAUGGAGGUAGAACUCGGUGGAUCCGUCACGCUUCAGUGUCCGCAGGGUUCACUCGGCUGCUGGUCCCAUUUGGAUCCGAUAACGGCUCGCCUCAAAGGGCUCGGCGUUGGCAUCUCCACACCGACCGGCCAAUUCUCGCUGAAGGAUGUCGUCUACCAGGACGCCGGCACGUACAAGUGUGUCGGCCAAAGUUCAACCAAUCGCAAAAAGCUCGAAGUGCUGCAAACGGUUUCGAUUGCUGUUAAAGGGGCUCCGACAGUAAUUGCUCGAAAUACGACUCCAGUGGCCUAUCCGGGCUCGCCACUUCACCUCUCGGUGGAGUUCUGCGCCAGUCCACCCGCCUAUGCUGCCCGCUGGCUGCAUGGCGAUCUGGUUUACACCCCCGGCAAGAAGUACGGGGAUGACGUGCUGGCAUACGGAUUCAUCGAUCUGCCAACGCCAUUCUGCAAGGAGGCACGUCUAACCUACGUUCACAUGCACGAGAAAGUUCCUCGUACGUUCUAUUUCAUCGUAUCAUCGCCAGGUGGCGUUGCGGAGGCGAUCUUCAACGUGAACUUUACGCUGAAGCACAAAACCACCAGUUCAUCGUCGUCCUCCUACUCAUCAUCAUCCACCGGUGGUGGCUCGGGUCCAUUCGGAUCGUCCUCGUCAUCAUCCCUUUCGCCAGCAUCGGCAUCCGCUUCCGGUAGCGGUCUCAGCAGCGGUGGCUCCGGCUACAAAAUUAACACCAACACCAUCAACAACCUGCCCAACAAUGGGCUGGACGAGGACGAGGAGCUGAUGGAACCGGAAGAGAUUCAUUUUCCCAUCUUUGGCUCGGGCGCCAACAGCCCGAUGCAUGUCUGUAAGCAUCACUCUACUCUUUAUCGCUGUUACUCCGUACUCCUAGCAUUGUUGACGUGUUUUAGAUAUGUUUUAUUAAAGUAUUAAUUAAAGUGUAAUUACGAGAGUUCCAGAAAUCGAGUGCGCGUGAGAUCGAGUGAGCGGUGGGAAAUCCCAACGCGCGUCCGCGGUGACAACCAAGUUGUCCCCGAAACAUCCUUUCCCCCCGAGCGAAUGGCUGACUGAAUGUCGUUGCGAGUGAGCGUCGUAUGUGCGGGUUUGAUAGUGGAUAACACACACACACAAACACACCCUCAGAGUCCUUAACUUAUCCUCUUGCAUCUUUCCCACGUGAGGUGGGGUUGUUCGGUUUUUCGAAGAAAACAAAAAGAAAAACAAAAAUAUGUGUAGCUUUCAGUAAAAUGUUUUCAAAAGAUAUUUGUAAGUAGCUUUUACAUUCCCAUUUUUACAUGACACUCCAGAAGAAAAAGUGAAUCGCUGCGAUAAUUUUUUGGGAAACCGAUCAUCUCUAGCUGCCCGCCCUGUUUACUCCGAAUAUUAAUACUCGCUCUAGAAUCCCACAAUUCAAACCACUUUGCUGUCACUGAAAUUCCGCCAAAUGAAGAAUUAAUAUCUGCGCCAAGCAGCAAAGCGUGAAGGCGUAAUUACAGCGCCGCACAAUAAAUCUACCCCUUCCUUAAGACCCAUCUCAAACCAGUAUUAGCGUGUUUCUGUCUUGCUCCUUGCCCCCAUUCCCCUCCCCGAACCGAACCCAUUUGGUGUCAUGUGGUAAAUCUCAUUUUAAUUAGUUCUCAUCUCACAGUCAAUCGGGAGACAACGUGGAUCGGGCUAAAAAGUUGAAGAUAUCUCUCCCCUUCCGCACGGCGCACACAUCCGCUAAUCGUCGCUGCAAUCCAAGCAAUUAUCGAAACCGGCGAAAAGUAGCUUCUCAGAAACCUGGCUCCUGGCCUGACUGGAGUCAGGCUAAUUGUUGGCAAUUUCGAUUCCAAUUCAAGAAGAGUCGCAUGUUUUCGAGCUCUCGGGCUAAUGAAUAUGCGUACUUCCGGGAAGUGUUGUUUGCCGAGUACCGAGAGAGUUAUUAUCGCUAGACGCGCGCCCCCGCGCUUGAUGAAGGGUUUGCCACUCAUUGAAAUUCUGAUUCGCAGAAUAAUUGAUGGAGUCAAACUUUUGUGUCGGCCGAUUGGGUGCUGCUAAGGUGAAACACUCGGCGACGGACGAUGAUGGUGAUGAGUUAGGGUUUUGGGGCCUGUCUACAAUGUGUAUAUUUGCAAAUCACCGAGGGAAAGGUUUGGGAAUUGGAUCAGUAGAUUUUCUGUUUCAACACAACUACAUUGUGCUUCAAACUUGCUGACAAUGCACAAGUAUGGAAUUGUAUUAGCUCGCAUGUCCAAUGCGAGCAGUUGAUCGCUUAUUUGCGCGUUGAUUUAUGCCAUUAAAUUAAUAAGCUUAAUGUUAUUGCGUGAUAAUUUCUAUAUGCGAUAAUUUUGGUAUAUAGCUCUAGGAGUGAUUAAGUUUUUCCUAAUCUAAACAAAAAUCUCGGUGAAUGUUAUUUUAUGCAAAUAUACAAUUGAUAGAAUCACAGCGAAUCAUUCGUAAAUGGCGGUAAUUAUCUAUCAUUUUCUUAUUUAUCUUGAACUCUAUUAUUCGAACUCGUAUCGUUGAUACCAUUUGGAACCAUCCAGAGAUGGCUCAUUAACACUGUUUAAAAAUCUCCUAACAAUUGGUUGGCUCUAGAAUGCCGCAUGGCUGGGGUUUCGCAAUGCCGUAAAAUAAAACUGUGCUUUUUCCAGAAAAAAUAUACUUCGACUUGGUAUGAAAUUUUUACUGGGAUAUAACUUCUCGCUAUUUUAUUCAUGGAAAUGCAACUUUAUUGUAGAAAAAGGUUUACAAAUUUGUAAAAAAUAUCUCCCAACACUAACUUGUCUUAAUUUUUCUGGCAGAACAUGAAACUGUUACGGUCUACUGAUGCUGUCUACGAGUCAGCACUUUUUUGAUGUCUUCAUAUGAGCGUAACUACUGAUCAAUUAGACCAGUGGUACUCAACCUUUUAUCAGAGAGGCAACACACGAACGUUUCGCUAAGUAAUAAAACGCCAAUAGGAGCAGAUUUUCAAAUUAAAUCUCAGAACUAACGUUUAUGUUGAUUGCUCACUGUCGAGAGCGACACUGAAACACUGAACUUACUGAAUAUCCAAAUAUUUAGUUUUUAAGUAUCUUCUAGCGAAAUUACAAUUCCAACGCUCCAAAUAUUACUCAGAACAGAACCAGAAAAUCUAACCGAAAUCGGAUUCCACCAAACACCCGAUUGGCGACGUCGACAGCAAAAGCUGCGGGACAAAUUUUACACCGAAGAACGCAGCUCUCAUCGCUGUAAAACACUUUUUUUUUCACAGCCGGCUUGAAAUGCACUUCACUUUGACGCCACUUUUAACCCGGAAACUUUGCUCGAAUUCACAAAAAAUCAUUGACCGUCCGGAAAAAGUCACCAACAAGUAAUUCACGAUUUAUCAGUCAUCCUACUAGCGACAAGCGAGACCAUGGCUUUUCUCAAGAUCGAGCGUUUAUUUAAAUUUUCCAAAUUGGCCUUUUUUAAGGCUGGAAGCGAAUGAACCGAGAAAAUUUGAGAGUCAGAGAAGGCUUCUACAAUUCAAAACAUCAUCGUCAUUACACCAAUUAUCAUUACACGCUCCUGAUUUCAGGAAACUCUCUUCCAGCAAAAAAUUAUUAAAAUAAAUUCACUUUCGAUUAUUACUUUGGAAUGUAUCGACAUUUUUAGAAUAGCUGUUUAAUCGAAAGUUUUAGUGGCCCUGAAAAGGACCGAUGGUUUGGCGGGGUUUUGUAGAAGCAGUUUGUGUCCAUACUGUCAAUGCAUGUAGCGCAUUCAGUAUACAUUGCAAAUAUUUGUUUCGUGUUAGACACAGUGCGACCCGAGGCGAUUACAUUUUUCCCCAUAAUUCUAAUUAUUUGAUAACAAAUUAAAUUAACAAUUCGUAAGUAUGAUUUAAUCAUACAGUUACUUAUGAUUUCGUUGUUGUUACACAUACAAAAUAGUUUAAAACAAAGUAACACCAAAUGGGUCGCACAGAUGGAGCCGCCGGGCCAUCCUAUCUGAGCUAGACCAUGUGCCAUCAAAUGGAACAAGUAAUAAUCGGAUGGCGGACUAUCAGGGAAAUACCACUAGUGCACCCAACCUAGCGUUGGCAGAAAACAUGUCAUCUUUGGCAGAAAUGAUGCCAUUUAGUGUGCUGUUGAGUCAAAUGCUCAAAUAAUGAGCUAUUUUGAAAGCUUAAAAAUGGUUUGUUUGUAUGCGUGCAGACAUCUCUUUCUGUUUUCUUUUCUCAAUUAAUUUGGGAUUGUGCAAAAAAAAGUCCAUACGACGUCAAUGGCGAUCGAACCAAGGCCGGCUGGAAUGCAAAGCUAUUUUUCACGACCACGCUAUCCACAUGGGUAAUGAUGCUUAAGAAGUUGAUCAGCAAAAACGUGAUAAUAUUGCAUCUGAUUAUAAAAUGAAGUUGGGAAGUGUUUUCUAAGAGUAAAAAAGGAGCGCAUGAAGGCGAACAAUAUCUAUCUCGGUCUGGGCCGUGUAUGUGGCAAGGCAUACGGAAAGCUUAUUUGUCUUUUGUUUCGCUCGCUCGUAUUAAUCUUAUAUUGCUGUACCAUGUAUAUUAUACAAAUGCUUAACAGUAUUUGUGAGUCAUGAUAUUUUCUGUUAUUUUAUGUCUAAUUCAAUGUCGUAAAUUGGGAUGACAAAACAUGAGCUUAAAAUCAAUUUUGGGUGUGGGAUAAGACUUCCCAUUUAAUGUUUCCAAAUAGAUUUUAACGGGUUAGGCAACGUGAGGUCGAGCGUUGUCAUGCUUUAGAAUCAUUUUUCGAGUCUCUGCUCAUAUUGUGACCGUUUUUCGCGCAAUUUUCGUCUAAAUCGUUCAUGAUUUUUUUGCGAUAUGUCCAAAUCGACCAGCACUUACUUCUAUUUAUAAAAAAGCGAGAAUCUAAAUGCGCCUAAUGUUACGUCAGAUGGACUCUUCCUCGCCACGGUGAGUAAUAAUGUUGAACAGAACUCACUCUGUAUAAACUUCCUAUUCAAUUGUUAGAAUUUGUGAUGUUUUGUGCGCACACCAAUCAGGGGCAACAUACUCCAGGAUACCACGCACAAAAAAAUCAAGCGUUUUCGGCGUGUAUAUUUCGAUUAAUUCCUAACGGCCAUAACUCUACUGUAUUACGUGAUCUUAAGUUUUGCAUCGAAGGUCACUCCUAGAUUGAAGAUGAACUAAUAAAUAAAUCCACUCCUUGGUGUAGAUGUACUUCAUUGACACAACAGAUCACAACAGAUCAGCUGAAUCGAGGUAAUUUUACGACAGAUUUUCGAAUCGUCGGUAAGAGACAGUUAAAAUAAAUAGAGUAGCGAGGAAGAUAGUUUUUUGACAAAAAAUUUGAGGAUCACUGGUUACAAGUCAUCGAAUUAUCUUGUGGAUCGUCAUACUGAAGAUUUUUUUUUUAUGAUAUUAAAUUAAACAAGUAACCAUAUUGAAGGCAAUAAACGGAUUGGUUAUACUAUAUGUAUAGUCUCUUAAUUAGGAGAACAAAUUAAGACAUUAUUUGAAUGCUAAAUAUACCAUGCCUUGUCAAGAAAAAUUCCAACCCGAGAAGACUUUCGACCGAUCGGUCAUUGAUCCCAAUACCUAAAUUCGCCUUAGCCAUGAAGUUACAGGGGAUUUACAGAAUCUCUGAUAACAAUCUGCUGGUUUGAUCGUUUUCGUGUUUGAACUGUCGAGCAAACCCAAGCUCAACUCCAGCCGAUACUUCAAAUCCAUAGUUCAUUCCAAGGUAUAUCAAGAAAAUUUCCAAUUCGAAAAAAAAUCUUGGUCGACCUGGAAUGAAAUCCGAUACCCAAUACCUUUAUCCGGAUUUGUUUUUGAGUUCAAACAGUUGAACACACCUAAACCUAAUUCCAGCCGAUACGUCAGGCUCUUCUUCCUAAUUGAGAUAAUUCUGAUGAGCCUCAGAAAGUAGUCGGGCAGGGUUAUGGUAGCGACCAACUCACAUCUCACGUAUUGUAGGCUUCAAAGAUGCCCAAUCCAACUCAAUCGUGGAAACCGCAAACCUCUUAGCUACGCUCUUCAAGAGCGUGUUCAGCAAAGUGUCACCCGUACCAAGACGUGACGCGAUGAACCUCGCUGCGAUUCAGUUCAGUUGUGAAACGAAAUUGAAAACGAAUAAGCGACUUCGAUCACCCCUUUAUUUAAUCAAUAUCUUCGUAAAAUGACCUUUCCGGAGGCUUGGAAGGCUGUCUAGAUUGUUCUCAUUCAUAAGUCUGGGAGCUGCAAAAUGAUUGCUACUUUUCGAACACUAGCGUCUUUCUAGACUAGGAUUAGGACUUUUUAUUAAAAGUAUACCGGUUGUUCUUCAAAAAAAAGUCAGUGAAUGAGGUAAAGAGGCCGUUCUCAGUCGUACGGCGCAACUUGGUGGAGAUGCUCUCACAAGAGCGCUGGACGGCACUGACAUCCAUCUUCCGGAUGCAAUUCCGGAUCCUCGUGGUUAGCUGGUUGGUGUCCGUGGCCCGCCAAUUAUUUUUGUACACCAGAGCACUGAGGGAGCCGAAAAAAUCAUCGAUCCGACUUCACUGGGGCAAGUUGGACGGGUUCCGUUCCUUGGGUACUUACGGUAUCUGUUUUUCCUCGAGAUACGCCAACGACUUCUUGGCCUUAUGGGAAGACGCCUUGUCCGACCAGAAGACGUACUUCCCAUCAGAAUGAUGCUCCUCUAGGAACGGAACCAGGAUCUUCUCCAGGCACUCCUUCUGGUACACCUUCUGGUUGGUGGCAAGUCCGAUCGGCUUGUUACACCAGGGCUUUGAAAUCUCUUUGUCGGAGAUUAUAAUAUACAGCAUACCUUCAUUCUCAAACUUAUACAUGUAUUUGUAUUUCACUUUGGGGGGGUGUGGACGACUUGUCACUUGUAUAGCACCGGUCAUUGCCGGGAAUAUGGGACUUUGACAGCGGAAAAUAACCCUCGUCGUCCAGCGCAAACGACCCCCUGCGAUAAUUCUUCGUCAUUCACCGGCACUACAAUUUCACGGUCGCUAUCUGCUCGUCCGUGUACUCUGGCUGAACUAGUCUUCUUCCGACAGACGAUGCCCUCAAACUUGAGGGUUCUGUGGUUGUAUGAAUGAGAGCAACGAAAUUUUCGGCCGGCGUCACGCAAACUUAUACCGCCCUUGUUGUCGAACAGCUUUUUCAGAGAUUCUUUCUUCUUUUUAUCGGACGACCACUACCAAUCUCCCACUCGACGUUCCGGGAUGCCAGGAUGCCGGUAAACGGUGCUCAUCGGCACAUUUUCGUCACGAAAGUGGUCUACUGUAAAAUUUUUUCCUUGACUUUCACGCGUUUCGAAGAACCGUACAUCGCGCUCGCGGAGUGCUUGUUGUUUCGACGCCAUCUUUGAUCGAACUGACAGCACCCGAGGGAAUAGAAACGAGCAACCCGUUUCUAUGGAACCCAGAGAGCAAUUCUCUCGGGGAGGAAAAAAAUUUUGCUCUCUACUUGAAAUCAUUUUAGUUUUUAUUGAACACCCAUUAAUUGCUGUCGCUGCCUUCAAGAACUGCUCAAGAGAUUAUUCUGUAUUUAAGUUCUUCACAAACUGCGCUGGAAAGGAGGAGCACGUGGCACCAAAAACUUCCGCGCAUGACUUCAUCACACCAGUCCCGUUCAAAACGAUCGACUAGAUUUUUUGUGGUAGCUUCUUUCUUUCUUUCUUCUUUGUUUUUAAGAGGCUUUAAACUUUGCAGUUCAUUCGCCUCUAUGGUAGCUACUAAGAUCUCUCAAGCGAAUAUCUCGUCAGCUUGCUCCGGCACCACUGCUCCUCCCAUAACAUACUGCUCUCGAAUAACGUCUUGUAUUUUCUGGUUGCUCACUGUUGUGGCGAAAUAUAGAUUCGAAUACGUAUGAAUACUCGGUUUCCGUUUCUCCAAACCGUGAAUCGUCCAGCCAAGUUUUGACCGAACUGAUGUCGGUUCGCUUGGACUUCUAACCCGUGAAUCCAGAGUUGCGAACAAGUACAGGUUAUCUAACCCAAUCAGGAUCAUAGGCAUGGCCAGUAUGCCAGUCAAAUGCUGAUACCAUUUGACCACUUUCAUAUUUUGUGUCUUUCUGCUUCGGCAGCCUAAUAAUAUUCCAAGUGCGGCGAAAAAAAUAUUUUUUGUGGGUGGCAAUAUUGUUGCCACGCCCUUAUAAAGGAUUAAGCGUGUUGCAUUUCGCUUUCCGCAAAUCUACAUAUUCCUUGAUGUAGCAGAGGACGAUAGUUUACCAGGCAAUUCGAUCUCCCACAUCUCAAUAGCUGCGCAAUAUUCAUACGGCUGAAUUCUUCGCAGAGCUUGAUAUGGUGAUCCGAUCUAGUGCGUUCGUAGUGACCGUCCACUUGUGGCAGUGUUUGUUCACUGUAUUUACAUUUCGAGCGACCAACUUACGCGCAUCUAAUUCGAUGGGGUGUAUCAAGAGUGGCUACAUCUGGCUACAGAUUCUCGUUAUUGACUGCGUGUGUCAAAAUUUGUUCACAGUAAGAAUAGUUAUGAACGAUAAAACUAUUUCAUGACCUAUUUGCUAAUAUGGCACCUUCACUGGAAGACGUAGUCCUUCGUCAAAAACUCGUAAGUUUUUCUCCUGUUUUCGCUAGAGUUCGCCCCAUAUUCUAGAGAUCUUUUAAUAUUUUCAUCCCAAGAUACAUAGAAAAAGAUCUGCAAAAUUUUAAUUCUUUCGGAUUUUUAGGAUGCUACACUUUGUUUUGGCUUGCCUAGUCUGUGCAAAAACGUUGUACAGAUUUUUGUGCACAAGCAGAUCAUUAUUGAAAUACCACAAUACUUGGUGAAACGAAUGAAAAUAUAAUACAAUUUUCGGAUCUAUAGAUUUAAAAGUUCUUGAAUCUAGAUUGUAUAUUAUCGUUUAUUAAAACUUUCGAGCUGCCGUCACGAUGUUCUAUCGAAUCUUUUGAUCUCAAAAUAGCAUUCAUACGGGGUACGGAAUUCAUUCUCCAGAGCUCCAGAGAUAUUCCCAUCGUAGAACCCUGGAAACGCCUCUUAUACAACGAAUUUCAUCCUUAUGAAACUGAUCCAUUAUUGCAUUGUAAAUGCUUUCAUGAUCAGCAGCACUAAGCGAAACUGUGGCGAGUAAGUCGUCAUGUAUCUUAAUGUUGCUUUGUUCAAAUGUAAGAAAUUUCACACGUGGAAAAAGACUGUACCAAUCUGUACUUUUUGACGAAAAUCUGUACCCUGUACCGUACAGAAUCUGUACCAAAAAUAACGAAAAAAUCUGUACCUUUCUAGAUAAAUAUGUACGUGUGGCAACACUACCUGCUACCAGAGUGUGUUUACCAGUUCAAGAUGUUUUGAAAAUGUAUCCUAGAGUAUAUCACUACAUGGUGAAAUCAUCAUCAAAUUUUGUUUUUAAUCUAAGAGUAUAUCCUCGGAAAAUUAAAAAUAAGAAGUUAUAGUGUUCAAUCUUAGUUGUGCUCCCGUGGCCGAGUGGUUAGGGUCCUACACUAUCAUACCGGGGGUUCGGGUUCGAUUCCCGUUCUGGCCGGGGGAUUUUUCGUCAAAGAAAAUUCUUCCGGCUUGCACUGUGGUCACGUGUAUUCUAGAGCUUGCCACUCCAGAGUACAUUUAAGGCGUGUUACUCGGCAUAGAAAUCUCAAAAUGACGCAAGUAAUGCUACGUUGAUAAGGCAAAAGUUCCACUGGAACGUUAGUGCCAUCCAAGAAGAAGAAGAAUUGUUCAAUCUUCCAAUUCCACGGCCGUAUUGUUACAUUUUAAAAAUAUGUUUGAUAUUUUUCGACGACAAUAUCAGUCGUUCAUUCUAAGCUGUCUGAUUGACAUCGGUAAAUUAAUAUUGUUUUCUGGGAUGUUUUAUAUAUUGUUAAAAAUGUUGUUUACGCCAAUUAUUUGGCAAUCAUUAACACCUCUAUUUUAUUAUAAUAUUUCUUAGAUAAUUUGGAAUACUGCAGCUGUGUGAUAUUUCUUUUCGAGCUAACAACCCUGGUUCAUGUAUUUGAGCCAGGAUUAAUAGUUUCAAAAUAUGAUUUCAUCGAACUCACGGAUCAGAUCCAUGUUUAAUUCUAACCGUUUCAACGUUUGAAAUGAAUAUACCACAUGACACCAGAGAUAUGUUCAUCCCUUCCCAAAUUGUGCCUCGCCGAGAUCUGUCGGCGAACCGAUACCAAUCUCCCUCCAACUUUCAACUAGAAACUACCCUGUAAGAAUUUCUGUUCUAGCACUCCACAAACACCCGCAAUGAAAGCCAUCAAAACGAAAACGAUGUCAAACAUUGGAAAACGGAAAGUUAAUAAUAAGCAUAUACGCAAGCCAAUACAGGAAUGAAUACUUACCAAACAACAACAUCAAACAGAAUUACAUAUUGCAAUUCGAGUAAUUUUUAGGGAAUCGCGUGUGGAUGAAACGAAAAACACAGAGAAUGCUCGCAGACACACACUCACAUACAACCGAAUAUAUAUGUAAAAUGAAUGAAAAAAGCGUAACAAUUAUAAAAAAGUAUAUAAAGUAUAUAAAUUACAUAUAUAUACAUAAACUAUUAAAGAAGCCGCAGCAGCGUGUGCGAGCAUUGUGAAACCACAAGGUAAGAUACCAACAGACAACAGAAGAACAGAAACACCCAAAACUAUUUAAUAUUUAGCGCGUAAGUGAACGUAGUCACACUGCAAAAGGUGUGACAAAACAAAACAAAAAAGGAGGUGAAACUUUCGUACGAAAGAGUACUGUGAAUAAAUAAUUGUUGAUCGUUUAUUUUUCCUCCUCUGUUAAGUAGUUAAGAGCGAAUCAAGCAAACGGAACUGCGAAAUGGUCGAAUUUUUACGUUAUGCAAACCGGAACGGUGCGGCAUAAUAAUAAUGACGGAAAACUUCAGCCGGAAAAUUAAGGAAUUAGGGCAAAUAAUAAGUAAUUGGACGUUCCUUUCCUGACUUUUAAUACAUUUCUUUUCUUGACGGUACGAACCAUCCCCACUCCCUCAAAUUGUGCUCUUUAUUUAGUGAUUUUGUUUUUCCUUGUCCCCACCAACAUUUGUGCUUUUCCGACAAAGGAAAAACCAAUUUGUAUCUUGUGCCAAAAAUUUUUACGAGAGAAAUACACACAGCACCACACACCACAAAGACCCAAUGCAUAGUAGUUGCUUCGCUAUGGUAGAGGGAAAUUACUUUGCAUGUUCCACUUUUAUCCUUCACACAAUGAAUGAGGCUUUUGGGGAGUCAAAUGAGAAGAGGGAAGGGGGAAUUCACUUUAGCUUUGGCAUACUCUUACUCUUUGGCCAAUAUCAGAUAUGAUACAUUAUUUUGCUCCUUCCAUGAGAGGCAUUCUUUUUCGUUCGGAUCGUUCUUCGGAGGCCGACGGAACGACGGCGGAUGGCGCCAUGGCUCAUAUCACAGGUUCCCGAUUGCGAUAUUGGGAUAUGUUUGUAGUGGGAAUCUUCAUCUAAGUUGAACAGUUUCUUUCCGGUUAGGAAAUUUUCCAAGUGAGUUGGCCAGGAACUCUCUGACGGUGUCAUUUUCUGCACUUGGUGUUUUAACCCCAUUGAUUGAUGCCCAUUCCAAGCAUUUCAAAGUUUCUGGAAGCGCCUAAUUUUUCAGAGGAGAUUCCUGAAUUUUUGGAGGGUUCAGCGACAUAAAUUGAAGAUUUGGUAGUUGUUGGUUCUCAGGGCUAGACAGAUUGUUCUUGAUGAUGACUUUGAAACGUUGAUUUAGAAGUAUUGAUUAGGCUACUAAUUAUUAUGAUAAGAGAUUUGGAAAUUGUGAGCUCCGCACAAUUUGUUCGAGAGUAACGGCUCAUUUGAGAAUCGUGGCUUAUUUGAAAGCCCUGUGAGCCUUAUUUUAUUUGAAAGCUUCGGUUCAUUCAUGAAUCGUGACUUAUUUGAGAGUCGUGAUAAGUUUGAGAGCUGCGGUUCAUUCAAGAACCGUGGUAUAAUAGAAAGUCGUGCUUUUUUGUGCUUUUUGUGGGCCGUGGCUUUUCGAAUGCUGAUAACUCGAACAUUUUUCAAAUUGAUCGGAAAGAUAUUUCCAUCAAUUGAAAGGAAAUAUUUCUACGCAUCUAUCACAAUUAAUAAAAUGUUAUUUUUCAUGAGUUGAACGAUUGAAUAACUGUAAAAUGUCAAUCGUUAUCUAAAGGCCCUCUCUGUCCCGUUUUGAUUGGCCCGAUUUACGGUUUCCCCAACACAGAUGUCAAACCUACUUUUAAACUGAUUAGCCUGGGAAAACAGUCUUUUCAGAUAUUAGAGGCGAAUGAGUUUAAAGCCUAUAUAGUAUAAAAAGUAGAAAUUGAAGUUGUUGAUUCAUGUAAGUCGAAGGUACUUCUGUACCCGCGUCUUUGUUUUGCAUUCCGGAAUGUGUGUCUAACACGAGCUACUUAAAGCGGGUACAAACACAACUCUUUGGCUCGGUUAUUCAAAACUGUAUUGGAAGAUAUGCCUUCAUAUAUUCUGCUCACUGAAUUUCUACGCAUAGUGUUCGAUGAUUAGGCAAAAUGCUGUCAUCAAACGGUAGUCUCACGUCAACCUUGCGGUAAUAUCGUAGAUAUAACGCAUCCAUUGUUUUGUGAGCCUUGGUUCAUUUGAAAGUCACGAUCUUUUCUGGGAAUAGCCGUUUUUUGAGAGCCGUUGGUUAUUUGGGAUAGUUAACUUAUUUGAGAGGCGUGGUUUAUUUGAUAAGCCGUAGAUUUUUCAAAACGAUGCGACUCACUAGAGAUUCGUGAUUUAUUUGGGAUCAUCGGUUUAUUUGAGAGCCGUGCUUCACAGCAGUGAUGUAUUCAAGAGCCCUUGCUUCUUCUGUGAGCCGCAGAGUUGUGUUUUUUCUUAUUUUGAGAUUAUCGGCCGUUGUUUGUUUUAGAGCCGUUACUUAUUUGAAAGUCGCGACUAAUUCAUUGAGCCGUGAUUUCUUUGAGAAGCUGAUUUUACCUGAAUCGAGCUUUAUUGUUGAAUGUAUAAGAUCUCAUCCGUAUACACUAACUGCAUGACAAUAUCAUUUUGAGGAGAAUUUUGAGCAGAAUGCACAAUCUCGAUUUAUAGAAAAAAUAAUCGCAAUUACAUAUCGACAGAUGUGUGCCUUCCUUGGUACACAGCUGAUUAGAGACGAUCGUAAGUCUCAGUACGACGUAUACUUUUACGACGUUGAUCCAUUCAAACGAUAGUUUUCCGUCCACUGAAUCUUUUGAGGACUCGACAAAGAAUAGAUUUCGAAAAAAUCAACGUUUUCACUAUUUUUAGGUGAAACUAUAGAUAUGUUUUAAACCUAUCUACGUCGGGUUUCUGUAAUGUGUUUCUUACGGCCUCCAUCUGUUAGAACCUUUCUUUAGCAAUUUCGAUAAUUAUUAUAACUUUUGACACGAUUGGUGAAUUGUAAAAAAAAUGUAACCUAAAACAUCAAUGGCGUUUCUCGAUACAAAUGAUCAAUGACAAAGCAACACCAUCUAGUGGAAAAUAAUCGCGCAUACUCUUGAAAUGACCCAUUAUGAAGCGCCAUUAGGAUUCCUUGCAAUUUGCCGCAAAUUGGAAGGAGAAAGUUGAUCCUCCGUGGGUAAUUUUUCAUCAAAUUCAUAAUGUGAGUAUUCCAAGUACAUUUUACAAUUCGAGUUAGACCUCAAGGAACUUGAAAGACAAUGUAUUUAUUCCGAAGACAAGAAUACAAUCGGGUUGGGAACCUUUUCCGAGUUAGCUUUCUUUGGAGAGUAUUCGAUAUCUAGGUUACGUAGCGAGAUAGACAUGUUAUGUAAGGAUUUUUUCAAUGGAUCUUCAAAGUUCAGGUCACACCCUCCUUCUACGGAAACCACACCGUCAUCUGCAUGAUAUCUUGGCGUGCAGAAUUCUGCCAAGCAACUAUCGAUAUAUCUAAUAUGAAAGUCAUGAAGAAGAAGGCUGAUCCAUGAGCCUUGGCUCUCUGGAGGUUAUCAAUUACCCAAGAUUAAAGUUCAUUAAAGUUUCUGAAAACUAAUAGUAUAAGUUUUGUUUUAAACUCCAGAAUGUCCACUUCCAAGAACAUUGACAGAAUUACAAUGAAAACCCAAUCAAAAGAUCUACUAAUAUGAUACUUGCCACGAAUCGGCGUUGCUUACCUCUUGACCAUGAAAGCUUCUAUGUCGAGAGCACCCAAAGCGUUUAGUCUGGACCAUGCUUAAAAUUUCCCAAACUGUUAAAAAUUCACUCCGUCGAAAUCCUCCAUCGAAACCACCGCCAUUCCAGCUCAACGUUUUACAAAACCCCAACCAGUGUGAGCCGCUGUGAAGUAGUUACAUUUUCAUAAUCCUUGCCUAGCGCCUCGCCGCGUCAGCUGAGGACCCACAAAAGAGCUGGAAAAAAGACGGAAACCGUGGCAUGGGAAACUCCUCCGCCCCAAGGCUUCCCGCCUGAAAGUUCGUACAUAAUUAACGCCACUGAGAAGGGGACCGCGUAUGGUUCGCGAGAAAAAUCGCUCCGGCAUUAAAAUUCGAAACGAAGUGUAUGCUUUUUUAUCUCUCUCGUGCUGUUGUUUCACUUUGCCACUCAAGACAGGAGCGGAAUGAUUUUCGCACAUUUCACGGGUCCCACAAGGCUUUGGCAGUUGAUUGCGAGGAACUGCUGUCGGUAAAUUAGCAUCGCGCGUUCUGAUUCCACGUGGUGGCCUUAUGGGAGCCUUAUUAAAAAUGCAUAGCUGAGAUUGCGUGAAAUUAUAAAAUGGCUGAGGCGAGACUCGAACGAUACCAUCGCAAAAUGUGGUCACCAUCUUGGAAGAGAAUCGUGGGAAAACAAUGGCUUCUUGCAAGUGUUUCGAGGUUUUACUCGAGAAUGGAAUUACUCGGAAUGUGAUAGUAGCUGGUCUAAGUUGAAAAUGGAUUCAAACCAUUGAUGACAUUUUGAUGCCGAGUUCCUUAGAGUUCAUUUGAAUAAUUUAUCUAUUCCGUAUAAUGAUAAAAAAAAUCCAAUUUUGCUAAACAGUCAAGUUUAUGAAUAAUCUAUCCCCGAAAGCCUCUAUUCAGACUUCACCCUUCAUUUGACCCAGUAGUAACAGACUUUACACAAACACAAUCUCUCGUCUACCGUAUCUGUUCGGUUCCAAAAGUCCAACACACAGUUAACAUUUUCGAGUUCCAGCGUUAAUUUCUCAAUACUUGUAUAUAGAGCAAACUGUCCACACUGCAAUGGACGAACAAAAAAAAUCGAACAAACCUACCAUUGAUUUCAUCCAAGCGCCACAUCAACUAAAAACAUGAGAGAAAAACAAACUUUAUAACUAAUAAUAACAAAAAACCACACAAACCAAACUAACAAACAUUUUUAACAAUGCAAAACCAAGCAGUAACCUGCAUGGAAUACAAACAAAGCGUAAAUAACGAAACUACAAAUAACUCCAGCGAGCGAAAGGCUUCGCAGAUGCAAAAUACUCGAAGCUGGGCUUGAACAUCAAACAUACGCGAAAAGUGGCGUUGCGAAAUACCAACAAUAAGAAAAUAAAACUUUCUCUUACUUCCUGCCCGGUGCUUGGUUUCCUUCUUCCUUGUUCUACUGCAAUCACUCGAACCACCCACCUCCUCCUUUUCCUUUCUCGCCAAUCAGAU